GGAGACAGAGCUCAGAUGAAAUCAAAAGAAGGAUAAAGUGUGGAGGAAAACAAAGAAGCUGCGAUUGCUUUCCUGGUCUGCAGUUUGGCAGGGCAGUAAGAUGUCCGUGGACAUGAACAGCCAGGGCUCUGACAGCAAUGAAGAGGAUUAUGACCCUAAUUGCGAGGAGGAGGAAGAGGAUGAGGAUCCUGGGGAUAUUGAGGAUUAUUAUGAUGGGGUUGCUAACGACGUGGAGCAGCAGGGAGCAGAUGCCUUUGAUCCAGAGGAAUAUCAGUUCACCUGCUUGACUUACAAGGAGUCGGAGAGCACUCUGAAUGAACACAUGGCCAGCUUGGCUGCCACGUUAAAGGUAUCACAUGCUGUUGCAAAGCUAGUAUUAGUUAGUUUCCACUGGCAAAUCUCAGAGAUUUUGGAAAGGCACAAGUCUAAUGCUGCCCAAUUGCUAGUAGAAGCACGAGUUCAGCCCACCUCAUCCAAACAUGCAAUGGUACAUUCCUCCCACCACUGCGCGGUGUGCAUGCAGUUUGUCCGGAAGGAGAACUUGCUCUCCCUGGCUUGUCAGCACCAGUUCUGUCGCAGCUGCUGGGAGCAGCACUGUACAGUGCUCGUCAAGGAUGGUGUUGGAGUCGGGGUCUCCUGCAUGGCUCAGGACUGCCUACUCCGGACACCAGAAGACUUUGUGUUCCCAUUGCUGCCUAGUGAAGAGCUGAAAGACAAAUACAGGCGCUACCUCUUCAGGGACUAUGUGGAGAGCCAUUAUCAGCUGCAGCUGUGUCCUGGUGCAGAUUGCCCUAUGGUUAUACAGGUACAGGAGCCCAAAGCCCGGCGGGUGCAGUGCAAUCGUUGCAAUGAGGUUUUCUGCUUUAAGUGUCGGCAGAUGUACCACGCGCCCACGGACUGCGCUACCAUUCGGAAAUGGCUCACCAAGUGUGCAGAUGACUCUGAAACAGCCAACUACAUCAGUGCUCACACUAAAGAUUGUCCCAAGUGCAAUAUCUGUAUUGAAAAGAAUGGAGGCUGCAAUCACAUGCAAUGCUCCAAAUGCAAACAUGACUUCUGCUGGAUGUGUCUGGGAGACUGGAAGACUCACGGCAGCGAGUACUACGAAUGCAGUCGGUACAAAGAGAAUCCUGAUAUUGUAAACCAGAGUCAGCAAGCACAGGCCAGGGAGGCCCUUAAGAAGUACUUGUUCUAUUUUGAGAGGUGGGAGAAUCACAAUAAAAGCCUACAGCUGGAGGCACAGACGUACCAACGAAUCCAGGAGAAAAUACAAGAAAGAGUUAUGAACAACUUAGGAACAUGGAUAGACUGGCAAUACCUACAAAAUGCUGCAAAACUACUUGCAAAGUGUCGUUACACCCUGCAGUACACAUAUCCAUAUGCCUACUACAUGGAGUCUGGUCCCAGAAAGAAGCUGUUUGAGUACCAGCAGGCCCAGCUGGAGGCGGAAAUUGAAAAUCUCUCAUGGAAGGUGGAGCGAGCAGACAGCUAUGACAGAGGGGACUUAGAGAAUCAGAUGCACAUAGCAGAGCAGAGACGGAGGACCCUGCUGAAAGACUUCCACGACACAUAAGACAGGAGGAAGUGACAGUGCAGGGGUGAGAGCAGCGAGUGAAGUGAUGGCAGCUUCACUGGGAUAAGCAGGCACUGCCUCUGGGAGAACAUGGCCAAGGACAAAGCCUCCCCUCCCCUUGCAAGUCAGACACAUGCAAACACCACAUCUUAGUCCAGUUUGUUCUCUUAUCUUUCUGUUUCUGUUUCUGCCAGGCUAGAGGCCAGAGCUCAGAUUGGCAUAUUUCCUGGGACAUUUCCCUCCUGCCCUUGAUGGUUUCAGAAGAGGAGGGAGUUUUUCUCUGAAUGGCUGUUAAUAGUAUUAGAUCAUUACAAUUUAUGUAAUUUUCAACGGUUGUACAAUUAUACAGACAAACCUUAGAAUAACACACAACCCUUUUUAAAAAUAAAUUGGCAGUGGAGUGUUUUUCCUUAAUCUGCUUGUAAAUUUAAUGGGCUUUUCCCCCUCUCCCUCUCCCUUCCUCUGACCCAAAAAUCCUCCUAGGCACUGAAGGAGGUGACAAAAUGUCUCAGCUAGAUUUCCUGAUGCUCCUUUAACCAGGGCAUUUGUAGCAUUGGCAUUGCACGAGGAGAGUGGCUGGGGUUAAGAGUGGCUGCUGCUAUGUCUGGCCCAACAGUACCAGCAGUGGCCAUGAUCCGUGUGACACCUCUUUUCUUGUAUAUCAGCUGUGCAAAAUCCUGCUACACAAACAAACAGAGGAAUUGUAGGGGACAGACCAGGUUAACACUGGGGAAUAUGCCUUGAGUCAGGUCAGAUUCUGCAUUUGAUGAAUUUUAGGUCUUCCAUGUAGAUUUUUGCAUUACUUGUUUUUGUGGGGAGGAUGUUGUAUUGCCAAAGUGAGUGAUGAGGGAGUAGUAGCAUACAGUUGUUAAUCAAGGCUUGGGGCUUUUGCAGAGUGAAAGAAUCCAUGUUAUAACAGUGCCAUGCAGCCUAGUAAAGAUCAUUUGUGCCUGCUGGGUAGCAUGGCUGAGAGAAUUUGAUCUCAUUCAUCAAAGUGAGACUAAAUACUGCUACAUUAUGAGGAGGAAAGAUGUAGAACACACUCCCUGGCACGUGUUGGCAAUGUGGACAGGCACUUGAAUACAGGUGCUCUGCUUGUGCAGAGCCUGCACCAAGCCAGGCAGAAAAUUAACUAGCAAAAUUA